AUGCAUUAUUUGCCUGUUGCGAUAGUAACAGGUGCCACUAGGGGUAUAGGCAAGGCAAUAUGUCAAAAGUUAUUUCAAAAGGGUUUAAGUUGCAUUAUACUUGGGUCUACUAAAGAAAGUAUAGAGCGCACCGCGAUAGAUAGAGGCCAAUUACAAUCGGGAUUAUCAUAUCAGCGGCAAUGUGCUAUAGCAAUUGAUUUUAAGAAAUGGCCUCACUGGCUUGACUAUGAGUCAUAUGACGGUAUCGAAUAUUUCAAAGAUAGACCGCCCUUGAAACAGAAAUAUUCCACAUUGUUCGACCCAUGUAACAAAUGGUCAAAUAAUGAACGCCGCUACUACGUAAACUUAUUGAUUAACUGCGCAGGCUUGACUCAAGAAUCAUUAAGUGUAAGAACCACUGCAUCUCAAAUUCAGGACAUAAUGAAUGUUAACUUUAUGAGCCCUGUGACGAUGACAAACAUCUGUAUUAAGUAUAUGAUGAAGUCGCAAAGGAGAUGGCCGGAACUCAGUGGUCAAUCUGCUCGACCCACCAUCGUAAAUAUUUCCUCCAUUCUACACUCCGGAAAAAUGAAGGUUCCAGGUACAUCUGUUUACUCCGCCUCUAAAGCCGCACUGUCCAGAUUUACAGAAGUUUUAGCUGCAGAAAUGGAACCAAGAAACAUUAGGUGUUUUACGAUAUCUCCAGGUUUAGUCAAAGGGACCGAUAUGAUCCAAAAUUUGCCAGUGGAGGCUAAAGAAAUGCUGGAGAGAACCAUUGGGGCAAGCGGUACAAGCGCACCCGCUGAAAUAGCGGAAGAAGUCUGGUCUCUAUACAGUAGAACUGCUUUGGAGACGUAA